CGCCCCUGCCGCCCCGCUGGUCCAGGGGACACGCGUUGAUAAAACACGUUGUCGGACGUCGCGACCGGCCAGUCUGCUGGACAAGGAGCGCCUCACCGAGGGCUGCCCACCCGGGACCUCACCGCGACCUCAGUGACCUCCGACAUGCUGCUCAGGCUGGUCGUCGUGGUGGCCGUCGUGGCCGUCGCUGCGGAGUGCACGAGCAGCACGUCCGGGACGACCGUCAGCAGCACCGCCGAGUGGGUGGCUGGCUCCGGGGACCGCGAGGUGUGGGUGGAGCGCGGCCGCGAGCGCGGCAGCUGGGAGGAGCGGGACAAGCCGCCGGAGCAGACCCAGGAGCAGAAGGACUGGGAGACGCGCGUCCGCGAGCGGGAACGCGAGCGGGAGCUGGCGUGGCGGGAGCAGGCCGAGGCGCGGGCCGAGGUGCGGCGCCUCAUGGAGGAGCGCGAGCGCGCCGAGGAGGAGAUGCGGAACGCCGAACUCACCGGCGAGGCCACCUCGGCCUCGGCCACCGCCGCCACCCCGUCCUCGGCCACCACCGCCGCCGUGCGCAAGCUGCGGAGCGGCGUGGACGACAUGCUGCCCCGGCGGACGCGGUGGUGAGCGCCGCGGCCGCCCCGCGGGUCCUGACCUCACCCUCGCCGCCGUGCCACCGCGCCCAGUGGCACGGCAUCGAUUGUAUUCCCUCCCGGAUGGCCCCGGGGCCCCGCGGGUCGCGGGUCCUGCCCUGCGCGGGGGAGGAAAGGCCUCGGACGACUCCACCACCACCUGCUCUUCGCGACAGCGGCAAGUUCAAGGUCGGGCCGCUGGCGGCCGCGGCGCGUGCACGAUGGGCUGCCCGCCGAGCGCGGCGCGGCGCGCACCCGGGCCGCGGGCCGCGACCGCGAGUGCGGGAGGGACGGACGAUCUGUGUUGAUGCUGUCGACAGUGUACCAAUUUUCAUCCAUUCUGGUCCGCAGCCUUCGGCGUCAUUGUCGAAAACUAAAUGUUCCUCAGUGUCACCGCAGUACCUGCUUCAUGUCACAAUGAAGAUUCCGAACUGUAUUUGUACACAUUUUGUAUAAAACCAACUCUUAAAUUAA